AUGACAUUGUUGAUUGGGCUGGAUGUGCAAGUCGCCUACGGUGUCGACUUUGACGUGCCCCCCGCAAAGGUGGACAAAUCCAAGUCCCGGAACAAGAUGCGUCUGCAAAGACUGUCCGAAAAGGUCUGGCGCAUGUUUGUCGGUACCCUACAAGAAACCCACUCCAAGAAGCGUAUCACCGACCUCUACCCCUCUAUCCACUCACUCGACGACGCACUCGACGACGCACUCGACGACGCACGCCGCCCUCAUCCCCAAUUGACGGCAGGUUCAGCACUCGGUCUGGACAUAUACAUUGGCGACCAAGAUAUCGACCCUGCGCAAGCCAUCAUCAUUCCCGUCAAGACGACAAAAGCGACCGCCAAGGCGACUGCCCCGAAAAUUUUGAAAGUGUGGAAGCCAGCAAUGGACACGCCGAAAUUGUCCAAUAAUAGGCUGUUUGCGCGGAUCAUAGCGAAAUCUGAGGAGGAGGGGAGUCAGCCGCCGGUGAGCAUAAUCUCUGAAUGGGAUGAGGAGUCGCUGACAAUACAUAGGGUGCCCACUUGGUUCGACUCAAAGGAACCGGUCAAUCCGAGCAUCCACCGUGUCAAUGAAGCCAUCUUUCACGCCUCUCUGACCGCCGACCUUGACCAAGGCCCCUGGGCGCACCUCAUCCCAAAAUCCUCAAGUACUUUAAUACCCCAGCCAAAGCGGAAAAGAAGGUGGAAGACGUGA